AUGGUGAUCUGGGUCAGCGAGGCGUCCGGGAAUUGGCCGGGCUACAGCGGCCAUGGCUGUAUGGAGAGCAAGUCUGGAGACCAGCGAUUCCCCAACAUAGGAGCGAAGUCAGGAUUAGAAAAGACGGGAGACAAGAGUACCCGCUUGGGCUCAGAGCGAAGACAUGGCAACCGCCAAGUGAUUGCCACGGAACCAAGGCGAUUCAGGCAUCACUUCCAACACUUGGCCCAGACCGUUAUCCGUCUCCAAGCAACACGCCAUGAUGACCAAUACGUUAAAGCACGAGACAGGCUUCCUUCUAUCCCACAGAGAGCAAUCGUACGAUGCCGCUCUUCGGGCAGAGUGUGGCUUGAGACUCGUGAGGCCGGUGUGGACCAGAACACGUCAUGGCGGUCGAGGAGUGGUAAAGGAAGGAGGUACCGUGUUCACAGCAUAUUGAAGCCUUCAGAGUUGUUGAGGAUCCCGCCUGGCAUUGCUCCACCCAGCAAGAGCAACGCAACAGCACGUGGCCCGGCAGCCCAGCACAUGUGCUCCAUGCCCGGAGCCUCACUUCCGCCAAGGCAGCAUGGAACAUGGAAGGAGCAGACCAAAGUGCAUCAAAGACGGGGGUCUGACCGACCUGGGGACUUUCCUCACUGCAUUCCAUAUCUCUUUCCUAUAGAUAUCGCCUUUGUGUGCCAUUGUGUCACAAGAUCCACGUCUUCAUGCUGGGUGGCUACCUAG